CCCAUUGAUUGAUCUUCACUACACUCCCCGCUGACCAGAGAAAACAGACGACAGCGAGAGCGAGAGGGGAUUUAAAUCGGACACAUUGCGUUCACGUUAAAUGACGGAAAAGGUAGCUUUUGCAUUGCUUUUGUAGUGUGUAAUAAUCCAUCGAUGAAACGGUCUUCAUACUAGUGAGACUCGCCUGCGUAGCUAGCUUGUAAUGUCGGCACUGUUGGACUUGUUUUCCUGCGAUAUCCCGCUUCCUGUUAGCUCUGGGCUCGGAGCAAAAUACAAAAUAUGCUAAUCAAGGAGCAAGAAUCCAACGCACAGAGGUGUAACUUCAGAAAGGAGCCUAUAAGUGUAUUGUUUUUUCAUAGUAAAACAUAAUGUUAGUAACUCUGCUAAAAGAGCUUUUGAGCAGCUGUUGUUCAGUGCGCUAUCACCGAGAGCUAGCCAUUUUGCUUGUUGAAUUCAAGCAUUAAAACUUAGCAAAGAAUAGCUUUGAAUAGCUUGAAAACAAUGCAUUGGAAGUUUGUGACUGUAAUGUGUGUGUUUUGCAUUGGUUUGUAUAAAAAAAAUAGUGUUUAACGGCGUUGGAUCAAAAUAGUUCUAAGUUUUGAUCAAUCAACAGAAUUAAUGUUAACUGAUCAGAUCACAAAAACAAAUAUUUGUGCGUGUAAAUACAUAAAAAAUCCAUAACAUCACAUCAUACUGUUUGAGUGUGUGCACGUGCAAAACGAAGGUGCAAAAAUAGAUUAAAUGUAAAUUGUGUAGCAGCAAAAGGAGCCUCUGAAGUGGACGGACUGGUGCAGAAGGUGUAUGUGCUGCGUUUAACAAACCAACGUAUUUGCUAAAUGAACCCGCCCUCUGUAACUAGCCAUCCGAGGUAACUAGGAGGAUAGGGAGCCGAGGAGGAGAGCUGAUCCUGCCCGUAUUAGAAGGCUCAUCUUCCCAGAUCACCUCCCUGCGCCUCCGCCCUGUUCCCGACCAUGGACCCCCCUAGGACUCGGUCUCGUUCCCGCUCAGGCUUCUAUCACUUCGGCCUGAAUGGAGGAGUGAACAGCGGUGGGAACUCUGCAGGGAACGGGCUCAUGAACGCCAGCGGAGGAGGACUGAACUACCCGCAGCAGACCAACCCUGGCUGGGCGUCUCAUCACCAUGGUGGUCGCAGUCACCCGGAAAGCCACACACAGGGGGGCUACCUGUCAUCAGGAGCACCGCGCCACUCAGCUCAUGGACCCCACAGACAUCACCCCGGAGCAGGAGGAGUGUUACAUUUUCAUCCAGAUAAUGUGUUUGGCGAGGAUCGGGACAAAAUGGAUGACAGCCCGAGCCCCAAGAGGCAGCGUCUGUCGCAGCAGUCCAUGUUGGACCUCAGCUCUGGCCCGCCCUCCACACCCUCCUCCCCCAUGCGCCCCUGGGAGCUGCCUCACAGUCGCAGACCUCAUCCUCACUACAUGCCCGAGCGCUGCCACACGCCAGUUCGCAACCGCCGCAGCCCUCCUAUGAGGCGUCAGCGCGGUCGAAGGGAUCGCCUGACUCGACACCACCAUCACAGCCACAACAGUCACCAUCAUUACAACAACAAUGGCCACCACCACCUGCAUCCCCAUCACGGCCCCUCCUCCGGGCAUCAGGACGAGAACUACCGCCACCCAGCUCCUCCUCCAGGGUACCCUCCCUACAGCCAGCAGCCACCUCGAGGCCCCGGCCCAGAUGAGCGCCCCGGGUACCACCCUCCCAACCCUUCCCCCAGACCACUGCACCAAUCUCCCAACAUCUCCCCCAGACUGCUGCACCCCCACCCACAUCCACACCCAUCCCAGCAGCAGAGCAGUGUUGUCCUGGACCUCCAUGAACAGGGUUCAGUCCCAGGAUCAUAUCCUGUGUCUCCUCCGGGCGCGCCACCAGGCCUUCCGCCUCGCUCAGCCCCACAGCAGAUCCCAGCAUGCUCUGUGGUCUUCAGUGGACAGCAUUACCCAGUCUGCAGUGUCCCUCCUCCAGUCCUUCAAACCUGUUCAGUGCAACAUUUACCCAUGCCCUACCCAUUCCCCUCUCUGCUGUCCAGUGAUCCAACCUUCCUCCUCCCUCCUCCUCACCUACCCCACCCUUCAGCUCAUUUGUCCCACCAUGCAACGCAUCUGCCCCAGCCAGGACAAUUUGGGCCAUACCCGGCACAACAGGCUCGAUCUCCAUUACAGAGAAUAGAGAAUGAUGUGGAGUUGCUUGGAGAACACUUGUCAUUGGGGGCUGGUCUCCACUAUCCCCCGGCCACUCACCCAGCCCUGACGCCACACUCCACCCAGUUACACUUCCUGUCCCAUGACCCUCUUCCACAGGAGUUCUUUGGCGUGUCAUAUCCCAAUUUCAUACAACGGCGAAUCCCAGGUCGACGUUAUCGUUCGCAACAGCCACUGCCACCUUCGCCUUACCACCCCAGCCUUCUGCCUUACUUUCUUUCAAUGCUGCCAGUCCAGCCAACAGGCCCUGCAAUUAGCCUGGAGCUGGAUGUUGAUGAUGGAGAAGUUGAGAACUAUGAGGCCCUGUUGAACCUUGCAGAACGCCUGGGAGAAGCUAAACUCCGUGGCCUGACCAAGGGAGACAUCGAACAGCUUCCUUCUUACCGGUUCAAUCCCAAUAACCAUCAGUCUGAACAAACACUGUGUGUGGUGUGCAUGAGCGACUUCGAGUCUCGCCAGUUGCUGCGAGUUCUGCCCUGCAGCCAUGAAUUUCAUGGAAAGUGUGUGGACAAGUGGCUAAGAGCUAACAGGACGUGUCCCAUUUGUCGUGCCGAUGCCUCAGAAGUACAGCGGGACUCAGAGUGACCACCAGAGGGAGCCAGACACUUGUCUUUCUCCUUCAGCACUGCCCGUUACUGAUCCUUUGUCAUGAGUGCACAUCCACAUCUCUCACUUUCUGCACUCAUGCCUUUUGUCCAGCACUUUUCUUAUUCAUUGUUACUUAUAUUUACUUAUGUAUUUGUCUCUAAAGGUCACAUCUGAUUUAAUCAGAGUGGUCAUAUUUUGUGUGUACAUUUUUUGUAAACUACCACCACACUCCUCACUGUUAGCAGUGCUGUGUGCGCAUGUGCAUGCACACUACUGUGGAGCUCUGGAAGGUCCUCGGACACAGGGCCGUGGUACUGAUUGUAAGUGUGGCUGUGUGUACGUGUGAGGUCAUAGGUGGUUUGGAGCAUGCCUGAGUUUGUUGUAUGUCAGAGUUCGUGCUCUGGCUUUACUUCCUGUUUGUAUGCACUGUAUGUGAGAUAUCGAGUGAAACUUUCCUUCAUUUUGCCACUAAGGGUCCAUGUUGCCAUCAUUAUUAUGAUUAAUUAUAGUUAUUAAUAUCAUUAGCAACAUUUAGUGAUGAAUGAUGUUUUCCUAUACCUGACAGUUACCUCAUCAUUCCUGUUACGGUCCCUGUUCAUUUAACGUGCUUCACGCAACUAAUAAGCACAUUAUAUACUUUUCUUGUGGAUUCUUAGCAAAAUUAAUUUUGUCUGUGUUUUUUGCAGUGGCACAUGUGUUACAUGUAUACAAUAUCUAUUAAUAUACUGUAAAAAUCUAUGAUCUGUAUACCAAAUAAAACGCUUGUUAAGAACUUUUUAAAA